UUGGCACUACAACUUCAAAGGUUAUGAAUUUUGGUUCUCCACAUUAUAUUUGCUUCUCAUUUUCUACUUUAAGAGACAAAGUCUCAAGAUUUUUGAGAUGUUUGUAUUUUUUUCGUACCAUAAUAGAGUGCUGAAACGAGUGAACUAGUUCCCAGUUUUCCCCUUAGAAAAAGUGGCCUGCGAGCUUAAUUUUGAUUUGUCAUGGGUGGUUCUUGCUUUGUUAAUUCACUUAGUUGUACUGCUUCAGUGGUUCCUCUGGUUAAAGAAUGACCUUGAGCUUGAGGUGACUAAGUACAUGUUUUUUACUUUUAAAGUUUAAUCCUAAACAUGGUUAACGGGUGCAACAAAGAUUUGGUCAUAUCAACUCAUAUAUUAUAUAGGACUCAUGUAUUGAAACACAAUCAGUUAAACCCUAAUGGCUCAGGAUUCCCAUCAGCUUCGUCUUCAAAACCUCGAACAGCAGAGGCGAGAACGCACAAUGUGCAGGCUCAGAGACGCCGUUUUGUCACGUGCGGCGGCUGCAGGACGAUCAGGAAACAUUAACGUCGCCGCCGUCGAACGCCGAAUCCAAGAGCUCAUUCCUAGCUUCCACACUCCCACUCAUCCUCCUUAUGCCUCGAUGAUACAAAGAGCAAUAGAGGAGUUGAAUGAGGAAGGAGGAGGGGUGAGUGAGGUUGCCAUAUCGGAGUUUAUCAAAAGGGAAUAUGAAGGUUUGGCAUGGGCGCAUGAGGGUAUGGUAAGGGUUCAUUUGAAGAAGCAAUGUGAGAUGGGGGUGCUUGUGUUGGAAGGUGGGAGGUACAGUUUUAAUUUGGUUAAGUAUGGUGGUGAUGGGGGUUAUGUUGAUGUUGAGACAGAGUCAAGGAGGAAGAGGCGGCCGGAGCAGGGUAGACGAGGCCGGGGUAGAUGGCGUGGCAAGGAAGAAGGGAAGGUGAAUGAUGAAGCAUUUGAAGGUGAGGAAAUUGAAGGAGGAGAUGGCCAGAAUGUAGUGAUGGGACAAGCUGAGAGGCCAAACAUGGAUGAAGUGGAAAAUGCAUCACCGGCAUAUAUCAAAUUGCAAAACCGGGGAGAAGCAAAAAUAGGUGAGAUGACAGAAGAACAGGUUCAAGCAGAGUUGGGUGAAGAUGAAGUUGUAAAAGACAAUAAUCAAAGAGAGAGUGGAGAGGAGCCACAACCUCAGCAUAAUCAACAACAACGGAAGUGGCAACAAGAAGGCCAAGAAAAGCGGCGUCCAGGGAGACCUAAAUCUAAUAAAGUUAUGGAAUUGGUACCCUAUGUUCCUGAGGAGCAGCCACUGAGGCGUCGAGGGAGAUCAAAGGCAAAAAGUGAUAUGGAUUUAGGUACCAUUGCCGAAGUACCAUGUGAUAUUGAACCUCUUAAUGAGCAGCCCCAGAGGCGUCAAGGGAGGUCUAAAGCUAAAGAUGAUAUGGAGGCAAAUGCUACUAGUGAAGUACCUUGCGCUCUUGAACAUCCACAAUCAGAGCAGCCACUGAAGCGACGAGGCCCAGGGAGACCUCCUAAAACAAAUCCAGAUUCACAAGCUUCCUUGACAGUUUUAUCAAUCUCAGAUAUUCAGCAUCACUGUAAGUCUAAGCAACAGCAGCCCGUUAGCCAAGCAACUAAGAUGGGAUUUUCUAAACCAAAGCGAGGCAGAGGGAGGCCUCGAACCCUCAGAAACUGAUAUGCUGCAGCUGCAUUCAUAAGUCGAAAAUUGGGGACAACCUCCGAAAUUGCAAUGAACACAUAAAACUAAGAUUGCACUACUAAUUUAUUCUUUUCACUUUGCAGUAAUGUAGCCACCAGAGUUGUGUGCCAUCCGGAAGAUCACAAUUAGGAAUGAUCCGCACUUGGAUCACCAUGAUAUUCUGAUGUUUUCUUGAUAAAUCAAUGUUAAAUCAGUCAUCUGAUUCAAGAUGUUCAUCACUGCAGCAAAUUGCAUGACC